AUGGCUUUGCCCGAUUCUGAGGCCUUGAGAUCCGCAACUCCUACUCAGGCCGGCAUUAAAAUCCAGGAUGAAAUCGACUACAUUGCGGACAUCUUUACCAUGGUGGUCCAACGCUUCUGCGCCGAGAUGACUUUCCACACCCGCGAAGACGCUACCUCGACAAUUGCAGAAGCCCUCCUGCGUGUUAUUCAACUCCGAACGCCGGUCUUGCGACUCGAUCGUUUGCAUUUGAAUAAUCACUUUGCGUCUCAGGGCAAUGAUCCGGCAGUCUCACUCCAGGCCGUGGCUAGAUGGCAAACCGGAAGUCAAGGGUCAAUGAGCGAGCACCCUGACACCAGAGAAGUUGAGGUCGUGGUCACACAGCGACACCAAGCCAACGUACGUGAGCAGAACGACGACCUAGAGCUUGAGAUCGACUGUGCGAAAGAUGAAGAUCCGGCAGUGACUAUCGCAGAUGCGUCUCCAUCAUCCGAGCCUGCAGUAGCCAAAUUCGAACCGAUCGCAGGGUCUAAAAGUCAACUAGCGAAGGCACUGGACAAUUUCAUUGAACCGGAAUGGGCCGUCAGAAUGAAGCAGAACCAGGCGUACGUCCGAGGCUUGCAAAAUGGUAUUUUCAUAGCCCUUGGCAGCAAUGUCGGUGAUCGCUUCGCGGCGAUUGAGAGUGCCUGUAAGAGAAUUGACGAAGAUCCCGAUCUGGAAAUUGUCCAGACCAGUGAGCUAUUCGAGACAGAACCGAUGUAUGUGGAGGACCAGAAUCGAUUCCUGAAUGGAGUUUGCCAGAUCAACACUUCACUUGAGCCCAUGGAUUUGCUUGACAAAUUGCAGGCUAUCGAGAAUGGCCUUGGUCGUGUCAAGAUUAUCGACAAAGGUCCUCGAAAUAUUGACCUUGAUAUCGUGGCCUACGGCCAACGACAGCUUAGUACAGAUCGCCUGAUAAUCCCUCAUCGACUGAUGUUGGAGCGCGAGUUCGUGCUGCGACCUUUGUCUAGCAUUGCCGAACGCUUUGUACACCCAGUAACGCGCCGAAGCAUGCGAUCGCACCUCGCCAUGCUUCCGCCAUCUGCUACGCCAAUGUACCCUCUUACGCCUCUCGCUCCAUCUCUUGACCCUCUACGAUCCCUGGAUCCGGGGCGAAAGACCUUGAUCAUGUCCAUCUUGAACGUCACGCCGGAUUCGUUUUCAGAUGGCGGAGACAAUCCCCCGGCAGACAAAGAAGCACUCAAGGCUACCGCAGCAUCGCAUAUCGCCGCCGGUGCCGCCAUCAUCGACAUAGGAGGCCAAUCAUCCAGGCCGAACGCCCCAGACAUAACGGCCGAAGAAGAAAUCGCACGCAUACUGCCUGCGAUUGAGGCCAUCAAAAGCCUUCCUGAGGCUUCCAAUGUGGCCAUCUCGGUUGACACCUAUCGCGCCUCCGUUGCCGAAGCCGCCGUCAACGCUGGCGCCCACAUCAUCAACGACAUAUCAGCCGGCAUACUCGACCCAGAAAUGCUGCCCACCAUUGCGCAACUGGGCUGUACGUAUGUCAUGAUGCACAUGCGUGGCACACCACACACGAUGCAAAACGACGAGAACACCUCAUACCCGCGAGGUGUCGUCGAAACGGUCGCGUCGGAACUCAGGGAGAGACUCGACGCAGCACGAGCAGCGGGUAUCCGCCGAUGGCGCAUCAUCCUCGAUCCAGGGAUCGGGUUCGCGAAGACGACGGAGCAGAAUCUCGAACUCCUCCGCAGUAUGCCUCGCCUCACGACCGGUUUCGGCAUGAAAUAUUUGCCGUGGCUGGUGGGGACUAGCAGGAAGGGUUUCAUCGGCAAGGUCACGGGGGUCGGCAAGGCCAGCGAGAGAGUUGCGGGGACUGCUGCGACGGUGACGGCGGCUGUGGCGGGGGGAGCGGGCAUCGUCAGAGUGCAUGAUGUGGAGGAGAUGGCGAGGGUGGUGAAGAUGGCGGAUGCUAUCUACAGGGUGCCGAAGAAUCAGGACUUGCUCAGGUUGUGA